CCAGCGCCGGGCGGAGGAGCCGAGCGCUGCGCUCUGCAGGACUGAAGCAGCCCGCUGGCCAGUUGGGCUUGAGCAGCCGCCGCCGCCGCCAGCCAGCCAGCCGCGGAGGAGGAGGAAGCCGGCCGGCGGGGCCGCCAGCUCAGCCGGACCAGCAGGUCGCCUGCGGGGAGCGGCGUGGGAGCCGCCUGGGCGCCGCGCCUUCCCGGGAGAAGCGCCUGGACGAGGCGAUGGCCGGUGUGCAGCGCCGGAGCCCAGGCUGCCCCGCGGGGCGCCUCCUCCUCCUGCUGCCCUUGCUGGGCCUGCUCUGCCUCUGGGGGCCGGUGGCCUCCCGCCGAGCGCCCCGGCCGCCCCCCUGCCCCGCCAGCUGCUCCUGCACCCGCGACACGGCCUUCUGCGUGGACUCCAGGGCGGUCCCCAAGACCCUGGCCCGGGACGUGAUUUCCCUGACCCUGAUCAACGCAGGCUUCAGCGAGUUGAAGGAAGCGUCCUUUGCUCAUCUUCCCUCCCUGCAGUUCCUCUUGCUGAAUUCCAACAAAUUUUCCUUGAUCAGAGACAACGCGUUCACGGGACUUUUUCACCUGCAAUACCUGUUCAUCGAGAACAACGACAUCCGGUCUCUGUCAAAAAAUGCCUUUCGUGGGCUUAAGUCCCUGACACAUCUAUCUUUGGCCAACAACAACCUGAAGACGCUGCCCAGAGACCUCCUGAAGCCUUUGGAUAUCCUUAGUGAUCUAGACCUUCGGGGCAAUUCUUUGACUUGCGAUUGCAAGAUCAAAUGGCUGGUAGAAUGGAUGGAGAACACCAAUGCAAGCAUGCCUGCCAUUUUCUGUGGUGGUCCUCCUCAGUACCAAAACCAGAAGAUCCGAGACCUCCCUCUAAAGGACUUUGACUGUAUCACCACAGACUUUGUGGUGCAUCAGGUGCUGCCUUUCCAGUCCGUCUCUGCUGAGCCCUUCAUGUACUCCAGUGACCUCUACAUUGCUCUGGCCCAGCCAAGUUCCAGCAGCUGCACCAUCUUGAAGUGGGACUACGUUGAGCGUAAGCUGCGAGAUUUUGACCGCAUCCCUGCUCACUCCGCUGUUUACUGCAAGCCAAUUGUGGUAGAAUCCCAGCUAUACAUUGUGGUGGCUCAGCUUUUUGGCGGCUCUUAUAUUUACCGCUGGGACACCAACAUUGACAAGUUCGUUAAGAUCCAAGAUAUAGACAGCCAGACAAUCCGGAAGCCCAAUGACAUCGAGGCCUUCCAGAUUGAUGGCGAGUGGUUCUUUGUCAUUGCUGACAGCUCCAAGGCGGGCUCCACCAGCCUCUAUCGUUGGAACCAGAAUGGUUUCUAUUCCCACCAGGACCUGCACUCGUGGCAUCGGGACACAGAUGUGGAGUACCUGGAGGUUGAUGGGAAACCCCGGCUGAUCAUCUCCAGCAGCUCCCAGGCUCCUAUCAUCUACCAAUGGAACCGCUCUCAGAAACAGUUUGCUCACUUGGGUGAUGUGGCAGAUGUGCUGGAUGUUCAGAUGGUCAAGCAUUUCCAGAUAAAGAGAGACCACUACUUAUGUCUGAGCCGUUACAUUGGAGACUCCAAGGUGGUCAAGUGGGAAGGGCUGCGAUUCACAGAUGUGCAGACCUUGCCCUCUCGAGGAUCCAUGGUGAUGGAGCCUUUCCAGAUAUCUCAGCAACUUUAUAUGGCUUUGGGCAGUGACUUCUCCUUCACUCACAUCUACCUUUGGGAUGAAGACAAGCAGAAGUUUGUGAAGUUUCAGGAACUCUCUGUCCAAGCUCCACGAGCUUUUCAGCCCAUUCCUUUAGAGGACAUGAGUGUCCUCCUAGCCCCCAGCUUCAAAGGGAACACACUGGUUUACAAGCAUAUUGUCGUAGACCUCAGCUUGUAGGAGGGAUGAAUAUUUCCUCUCCACUUAUCCCCAACACGGAUCACACCAGCCUUCCUAUUCUGCUGAAGCCCUUGUAGCAUUCAGUGGCAACUGAGCAGAGUCAUCACAUGGACUUGGUUACUGAGGCUCUCUCUUUUACAUCCUAUUUGACUGUUCCUUCUGUUCCUCAUAAACAUGAAAGAAUAUGAAAGAACCUUGUCAACUUGAGCUUAUCUUGCCAGAGCCCUGGAUUGGUUAACCGCCUUUGGUCCAUGCCACGAAAACACAUUUCUUCAGUGAGGCUCAAAUUUAGUUGCCCAAGUGUAAGACCACAAGAUUUGCACAUAAAUCACCUAUAGAGACACACAGUAAAGUAUCCUCACAAUAUAUCCUAUUUUCACUAGUAUAUCCUCAUAGCUAAUUGAACCCUUUUAUCCCGUACAUAUGGAAAUGACCUUCCGAGUUUCUCCUUCAAAGACUGCAUGAAUUGGUGUCUUAGAAAGGAUUAUGCACCUCGGUUCCAAUUUACAUGAAAGCUGGGACAUGACCGUUGAAGUAAAGACAAGGAUAGAAAAAGCUCGAACAGCAUUCUUCAAAAUGAAAAAGGUCUUCUGCAGUCAUGACAGAAGCCUAAGACUG